AUGUCCAUCGACCCUGCGGUUGAGCUGCCUUUCUUCUACGGCAGCAUCAGUCGCUCGGACGCUGAGCAGCAUUUGAAGCUGGCUGGGAUGGCCGACGGUCUCUUCUUGCUGCGGCAGUGUCUCCGCAGUCUGGGAGGCUACGUUCUCUCCAUUGUGUGGAACCUGGAGUUUCACCAUUAUCCCGUAGAGAAACAGCUUAAUGGGACUUACUGCAUCACUGGAGGCAAGAACCACUGUGGGCCUGCAGAACUUUGUGAGUUUUACAGCAAGGACUCCGACGGACUGGUAUGCACCCUAAGGAAACCCUGUCUGCGCUCCCCGGAUACACCCAUACGCGCCGGUGUGUUUGACAACCUGAGAGAGAACAUGCUGAGGGAGUAUGUGAAGCAGACCUGGAACCUGGAGGGAGAAGCCAUGGAGCAGGCCAUCAUCAGUCAAGCUCCUCAGCUGGAGAAGCUGAUUGCCACUACGGCCCACGAGAAGAUGCCUUGGUAUCACGGUAAAAUCAGCCGACAUGAAGGUGAGAGGCGGCUUUACUCUGGAGCACAACCAGACGGCAAGUUUCUGAUUCGAGACAGAGAGGAGUCUGGCAGUUUUGCUCUCUCCAUGAUGUACGGAAAAACGGUUUACCACUAUCAGAUCCUCCAAGACAAAUCAGGAAAAUACUCCAUGCCAGAAGGAACAAAGUUUGACACUGUCUGGCAGCUGGUUGAGUACCUAAAGAUGAAACCUGAUGGCCUAGUGACUGUUCUAGGAGAAUCAUGCGUCAGCAAAGCUGCUGAAAAGACACCAAGUAUUCCUGCACUUAGGCGGCACGGCGGCGCAAAUGGAUACACACCGCCACCUCGAGCUGUUACGACACCAGUGCCUGAUGAUCGUGAUGUUCUGCCGAUGGACUGCACCGGGUUUAACCCUUAUCACAACCCGAAUGAAGUGAGGAAGUUUAACAUUAAGAGGGAACAGCUGCUGAUGGAUGAAGUGGAGCUAGGUUCUGGGAACUUCGGCUGCGUCAAGAAGGGAGUCCUCAAGGCUGACUCGGGCCAGAUAGACGUAGCCAUAAAAGUGCUGAAGAGUGACAAUGAGAAGCUGGUGAAGGAGGAGAUGAUGAGGGAGGCAGAGAUCAUGUACCAGCUGAGCAAUCCCUUCAUUGUCCGCAUGCUGGGGCUGUGUAAUGCAGAGAAUCUGAUGCUGGUCAUGGAGAUGGCCUCUGCGGGACCUCUCAACAAAUUCCUGUCAAGCCAUAAGGAUACUGUAACUAUGGUGAACAUUGUCAACCUGAUGCACCAGGUGUCGAUGGGAAUGAAAUAUCUGGAGGAGAAGAACUUUGUGCACAGAGAUUUAGCAGCUCGCAAUGUCCUGCUGGUCAACCAACAGUUUGCCAAAAUCAGUGACUUUGGGCUCUCCAAGGCUCUGGGAGCUGAUGAUAAGUACUACAAGGCUCGUACUACGGGUAAAUGGCCAUUGAAGUGGUACGCUCCAGAGUGUAUAAACUACCACAAAUUCUCCAGUAAAAGUGAUGUCUGGAGUUUUGGGGUCACCAUGUGGGAGGCCUUUUCCUAUGGAGGGAAACCUUACAAGAAAAUGAAAGGACCAGACGUGAUUCGCUUUGUUGAAAGUGGGAGUCGCAUGGAGUGUCCAACAGCAUGUCCAGAGCGAAUGUACACAGUGAUGAAUGAAUGCUGGAUUUACAAGCAUGAGGACCGUCCUGAUUUCAAGAAGGUUGAGGAGUCCAUGAGGUCUUACCAUUACUCAAUAUCGAACAAGGCCGUGCCUGAGGGAGCUGCAGUUGCUGCCGAGCCUAUCAAGUAGACAGAAACAAGGCACAUUCUGUCCCACGGCUUCACAAAGCAUCCAUUCAACUGGCCAUUAAACAACCAAAAACAAAGAGCUUUUUAUGAACAGUGCACACUGACCAGCCUCAACUACAGUGCAAAUACAGCGAAACUGGCCUCAGUGACAAUAAAUGUGCAUUUGUAAAUUGGAUGUAAAUUAGUGUGUCAGCCUUGUUAGGAGGAUUUCUAUCUGUGUGUGUGUGUCGUGGUUUGAAUGUUAGUAUCUACGUCUUUGCAUCGAUGAACAAACUAAUUUUAUAUCUUGCCAUUUUGGAGUGUAUGAGUUUUUUUUAUGACUAAUGAACUAGAAUUUGAAAUAAUCCGAGCAGUUCUCAUUCAUGCCAUUUUUCAAAAUGUCUAUUAAGUCAGUUAUUUCAAGUAAUGAAUAUUACAUUAUUAUUUCUGGAGGCUUCACACAAAGUUACUCAACUAAAAGAAGGAAAUACAACCAUUUUUGUCCUCAUGAAAAUAACAAAGACUGCAGGUUAGAAUUUAAGGUGUACUG